AUGGACGUCUCAGUUAAUUCUGACAUUCUUAAACAACUCUACACCAAGGAGGUCGCCUCUUUGCACAACAUCAGCGAUGGUCUAAGCGCUUGCGGCGUUGGAAAGAUCGUCAAUCUUCCCCAGAUCGUCGUCGUAGGCGAGCCAUCUGCUGGUAAAUCAUCAGUCCUUGAAGCCAUUUCCCACAUUCGAUUCCCCGUCGGUGAUACUCCCUGUACGCGAUUCGCGACAGAGCUGAUCCUCCACCACGCGAACGAGGCUCGCAUAAACGCAAGCGUCAGAUUCGCAGAGAAGGAGAAACCAGCCAAAGCGAUCCAGCGGAACAAGUUCCACGAGGAUGAUCUCGUCGAUAUCGUCAAAGAAGCCAAGGAGCAUAUGGGCAUCUCGCAAGACGGAAACGACUUUUCAGAACAUGUUUUGCGUCUUGAGAUUGAGGGCCCAGACAUCAUUUAUCCAUUGAGUCUCGUUGAUCUUCCUGGCUUGUGCCGUACGAGUACUCACAGCCAGUCAUCAAAUGGCAGUGACACCGUGGAGGAGUUGGUGGAAAGCUACAUGCAACAGAAGAACAGCAUUAUUCUUGUGGUAAUCUCUGCAAACAUCAAUCUGGCCAGUCAUCUAGCUCUCGAAAAGGCAAAGGUUAUCGACCCGCAAGGACAAAGGACGAUCAGAGUCAUCACCAAACCAGACUUUGCGUUGACCGCGGAAGCCAAAGAGUGCAUCAGGGCGACAAAGGACCAAGAGAACACACAUAAGCUGCAGCUUGGAUGGCACGUUCUCCGGAACAAAGGAGAAUAUGAUGAGAGCCUCGAGACUCGCGAUGAAGUUGAGAAGGCAUUCUUCAAGGGGAAUCCUUGGGCUACCAUGCCUGAAGAGGACCUCGGCAUUGACAACUUACGCAUAAAGCUGAGCGGCUUUUUAUUCAACCACACCCGAAACAACCUCCCCGGAGUAAUUGUGGAAAUAGAAAGAAAGCUCAGGGAUAGGCAGGAGGAACUUACACGUCUGGGAACUCCAAGAUCCAACACGAAAGAAUACAGGUCCUACAUGCUCACUAUUGCUAGUGAUUUCCAGCGUUUGGCCAGAGAUGGGUGCAACGGGCGAUACACCGAUCCCUUUUUCGGCAGCCUGGACGACGAGAGUCUGAAGUUUCGAGCCCUGCUCCGGAACCUUAACCGGGUUUUCGAUCAUAUCUUGAGAACCAGAGGGUCAACGCAGAGCAUUGUCUUGUCAGACGAGGAAGAGUCUAAGCAGAAUGAGCUUCCAGAAUAUCUUGCGAGAUUUCUCGAAGCCUAUCCCUACCAAUUCCCAGAACCUGAGAAGAUCUCGAGGGAAGAACUAAGCUUCCAACUCGAGAGCAAAGCAGCCGCAAACCAAGGCCGCGAGUUCCCAGGAUCUCCGAACGUGGAUCUCGCUAUGCAGCUGUUCAAGAGCCAAGCGGCUCCAUGGAGACAAAUUGCUGAGUUUCAUCUAGACACUGUCAUCUCAAUCGCGAGGGCAUUUGUCGAUCAGCUGUUCAAGCAUCUAGUGGGCUCCCCACAGAAUGACUCUACCAUAGAGGCCAUCUUGACUAUACACGUGGACCCCUGGUUCGAAGGGAAGGAAGAGUUGCUACGUGAAAAGAUUGACGAGCUUCUGUGGCCUUACCUUACGGGCUAUUCACUUCCCGUGGACGUUGAGUUUCAUCACGCAUUGUCUCAGAGGUCGAUAGCACCAGUUGCGACUGAGCAAGUGGGAGAAUUCGGUACUGAUAAAACCAUUGACAUGAUGCUGACACACUACGAGAUGUCAAUAAGAACGUUCACAGAAAACGUGAUUAAUCUGGCCAUCGAGAGAUGUCUUAUCCACGACUUACCAAACAUCCUCACGCCGACAGAGGUAGAUGGUAUGACAGAGUCCCAGCUUGAGGAGCUUGCAGCAGAACACAGUAAAACAAAGUCUCGGCGACUUCUGCUAGAGUCAGAAAUCAAGAUUCUCCAAGACGGGUUGAAAACAUGCCGUAGAUAUAGGCCCAGGAUUGUCACAGCGACCAAGGUUGCAUCGACGUCGACCCCGAGACCAGCAGUAGCGAACUCCCCCGGUCCCAUGCCAGUACGAACUGCAGAUACAAAAACAAAACCUACGUCAGAGCUACCUUUGGCAUCUAGCACCGCAGCCACAACCAGUGGCAAAACUAGUCAAGCUGGCUCCUCCACCAGCAAAGCUCCCGUUCUUGGUGGUGGUAGCAAUUCGGGUAAAUAUGCAGUAACGAUCCUACCGCCGCAGAGUUCAACGAGUUCAGUUCCGGGCACAAUCCCUAGUCUAUUCUCAAACCUAAACACAUCUUCCCAGCCCCAAUUCCCGGCUGGUGGAAUUUUCGGGAAUGCAGGAAAGACAGUUACUCAACAGCAGCAGCAGUCCGGGGGUGGGCUUUUCGGAAAUUCAGGAACAACAGUCGCUCAGCAACAGCCACAACAGCAGCCCGGAGGUGGACUAUUCGGAAGUCAACCAACGCCAGUUGAUCAAAAGAAACCUCCAACAGUUGGAAUUUUCGGAAGUCAACCAAAGACAGCCGCUCAACAACAACGGCCUGCGUCCAGGAACGGAAAAGGUAGUUUUGGAGGCUCCUCCGUUUUCAAUGUUGGUGGUGGAGGCUCUAGCGUGACAAAGAGUUAG